AUGGCAAGCUAGCUAAAACCCACCAUCAUUGAGAAAAAUUUAACUAAUCCUGCCUUCUUAUAAUAAGCUCCUAAAAUAUUUAAUCCACAAAAUAUUACAGACACUCCUAAUGUGCAAAAUGUUGCAAAUGACCAAUCCCACAACUUUUAGCACUCUUCUUCGAAGCUUUGA